AUGUUUCUCUCUCUCUCUCUCUCUCUCUCUCUCUCUCUCUCUCUCUCUCUCUCUCCCGUAAUCGUUUCUGAGCGCUUGGACGGGAUGCGAGAAAUGCGCCUCGAUUUGUCUCCGUCAACCGAAAUGACCAGCGGGCCGGGCGUACACGACAUGAACUGCGGACUGCAAACGACAUGUUAUCGACGAAUACGGAACCAAGCAAAAGCAACGGACAACAAGAAGAAUAACGCCCACGAAUACGACAACAACUUCCACGGACAUAACGGACACAACUUAGCGGCGACGACGAGUAAUUCGACUAAGCCGGCUGUAGAUUACCAUAACGGGGGCGGCCAACUGGUACAACGCAAGCGCACUAGGUACGUCAUGAAACCUGAUGCUUCUGCAACUAAGAUGUCUGCAGUGUCAGAGGCGGCGGCUGCUAAUGCUGAUGACCACGCGAACUCUAACCUCUUUAUUUUUCUAACAUUCUUAUCUAUCUUACCUCCUUUUUCUGUCUAA